GCCCGAGGGGCAGCCCCGGCCGGAGCGGAGCGUAGCGCUGCUGCUGCCAUGUUGUGCGGGGGUGCCUCGGCGGCCCGGCCCGCCACCGAGGAGACGCAGCGGAUCGCGGAGCAGGUAAAAGCUCAGCUAGAAGAAAAAGAAGGGAAGACCUUUGAUGUCUUCACUGCAGUGGAGUUUAAAACUCAGGUGGUUGCUGGAACAAACUACUUCAUCAAGGUCCAUGUUGGGAAUGAGGAGUUCCUGCACCUGCGGGUGUUCAAGAGCCUCCCCCACGAGAAUGAGCAGCUGAGCCUCCACAGCUACCAGGGCAGCAAGACAAAGCAUGAUGAACUGGCUUAUUUCUAGCAACCUUCUCUGCUGCGUUUCCCUCGCUGGUUCUUAUGUGCAUUUUCUACAGGCUGCAAAAUGUUGAGUUCUGUGCCAGCAAAGGUGGAAAAAUGUGUCUUUUUUUUUUUUUUUUAUCAUGGUGGAAAAAUCAAUUUCUUUUAUGCCAUUCUCUUCCUGUGCAAUCUCCAAACCUGAGAGUCACAGGGUUCUCCUAUUACCUGCACUAAUGUAAAUCCUACUUUUAUUGCAACUUAGGCUUUAGUGCAACUUAAUGAGAAUACUGUUUGUGGACUUCCUUGGUCUGGAAAUCAGAAGGGGAAUGACACCAGCACUCAUAUAUUUGCAGCAAGGAACAAAAGAAAAGCCUCGGUCUUUUCUGUGUUGUUUUGUAACUGUGAAUAUAUGUGCAGAUUUAAAUUGUACUUUGUAUUUUACGGGCAAAGACCUGAUGAGAGACUCGAGCUGAAGCAAUUUUGUAAGGAAGAGAAAGAGGCUUACAGUAGCUUGAAACAAACAUUCCCUUGGUAAUCAUGCUCAUCUUCUUGCAGCAGUAGCAUGUAAUGUCCCGUAGAGGGUGUGUGAGUUUAAAAUACCAAACCAGCUUGCUUAUGAUCUUGGUCCUAUGGAAAAGUCCUGGAAAGGAACUUAGGCUGGAUGAGCAUUUAUGCAUUUUUAACAAUAAACAUUUCUUUUGACUUGA